UCAUUAUCGGUCAGUUGAGCAGGAACAGAGAGAGACAGUCAGAAACUGGGAGUUUGAAGGAGAAACUAAAUACACAAUAGUGAAGUAUGUGACAGUCAUGUUUGAGCAUAGUAUCAACGACAAGCUUGUCUAGUUUAGAUUAAAGAUGCUUUUUUAGUGUAAGGAUUAAAUAGGAACGUUGGCUGUAACAAUAGUGCUGUUUACUCUACAUAACUGGUUUGAUCAUGCGGCACAUUUUGCUUUUAGUAUUGCUGUGUGUGGUUCCUAUAUGGGGACAAACCAAUGAUACUUCUACACCAUCACUUCAGGAAUCUAAUCCCCCUGAUGUUAAGAGUGUUGCAGAAAUCAAUCGAACAGAGUCUGAGAUAACUUUACAAUGGGAAAAAGUCAAUGGCAUUUGCACUUAUUUGCUGAAAUACAGCAAUGUACCAGAGAUUCCAAUCAAUGGAUCUGUUACUGAUUCUAAUGUGACACAUAAAGUGUCGGAUCUGACUGCUGGGACUCGAUACUUCUUUACUCUCUACACUGUUAUAAGUGAAUUGAGGAGCAAUGGAUUUAACUUCACCGCUGUAACUGCUCCAUCUGAUGUCAACAGUGUAGAAGUAAUUGCUCGAACAGAGUUUGAUUUAACUUUACAAUGGAAUCAAGUCAACACCAAUUACACUUAUAUGCUGAAAUUCAGCAAUGGAACAGACACAGGAUCACAAAUCACUAGAUCUGAAACUGAUUCUGUAGUGACACGUACAGUCUCGAAUCUGUCUGCUGGGACUCUGUACUCCUUUACUCUCUACACUGUGUUUGAAGGAGUGAGCAGCAGAGGAUUUAACUUCUCCAAUGUAACUGCACCAUCUGAUGUCAAGAGUGUUGAAGUAAUUGCUCGAACAGAGUUUGAUUUAACUUUACAAUGGAAUCAAGUCAACACCAAUUACACUUAUGUGCUGAAAUUCAGCAAUGGAACAGACACAGGAUCACAAAUCACUAGAUCUGAAACUGAUUCUGUAGUGACACGUACAGUCUUGAAUCUGUCUGCUGGGACUCUGUACUCCUUUACUCUCUACACUGUGUUUGAAGGAGUGAGCAGCAGAGGAUUUAACUUUUCCAGUGUUACCGAGCCAUCUAAUGUCGACAGUGUGUCUGUGAUGCACCGCAAUGACACCAACAUGAUCUUACAAUGGAACAUGGUGACAAACAGGGACAACAACACAUACAACUAUACACUGGGAUACAGAAAAGAAUCAUGGGAGAAAACCAUAACUAUCCCUUCAGAUGAAAAUUCUGUGAUCAUAUCAAAUUUAAUUCCUGCAUCAAAUUACAGCUUCACUCUGUACACACUGUUUGAGAAUGUGACAAGUAAUGGAUACAACUUCACUAACUCCACAACUCUAUCUGAAGUAACUCAAGUGAGAGUGACACAUCGAUCACAGAAUCAGUUGACUAUUGAAUGGGAUAAACUGAACUUUAACUACACCUAUAACUACACCUUGUAUCAAAGUGAUGGAAAGAUGGUAAAUUUCACUGGAUCACAGAGCGAUGUGUUUACAUAUGAAUGCUCAUCUCUCACCCCAGGAACUGAAUACAAUUUUACACUCUUCACUGUGGUCAAUAACGUUAAAAGUUCAGGAUACAUCUUUAAGAAUGUUACCACUAUUGACUGUGUGCCCAUUAACUGGAAAGUCACCAACUCAUCAAUAACUGCUCAAGUGGAAGGCUGCACAAGUGUAACAGCUAAAAACAGCACAGACAGUGAACAGAGUGGCAGUGUAGAGAAGAACAUUGUGAACAUUGACCAUCUUUAUGCUGGAGCAAAGUACACUGUUUUACUGUGGUAUGACUUGGACUCAGAGAAACUUCUACAGUGUAAACAUAAUCUGACGUUAGUUCCAAAUUGCGUAUCUCAUCUUCGCUGUGAAUAUUUCUCUGGAGGUUAUGGUCUGGCUGUAUUUUGGAAUGCUCCAUUUGGAGUUGUGGAAGUCGUGCAGGUGGAUGUUGAUGGACGAAGUUUCAACCAGUCACACAAUAGACAGGAUGUUAAGGGUUUGCAAGUUGCCCAGUGGUACAAAGUGGCAGCUACAUCAAUCUCUGGAGACUUGAGUAGUGAUAGAGUAACAGUCAACUGUCAAACUGACCCAAAAGGAGUUAUUGCAGGAGUGCUAGUGUUUUUCCUGUUGCUCAUCAUUAUUUGUGUUGGGGUCUUUAUAUGGUUCCGCACACUAAAGCAGACUAAAAGGUCCAACCUGCCCAUGGAGUCCAAAAAAGUACAUAAAAUCAAGUACAAACCAAUUCCCCUGGAGAAAUUUCCAGAACAUUUUCAAAAGAUGAGUCGUGAUGAGAAUAGAGGUUUCAGUGAGGAAUAUGAGGACUUGAGUUCAGUUGGUACUGAGCAGUCUCGAAGUGCAGCUCUCCUGCCUGAAAACAAGAACAAAAACCGAUUUUCCAAUGUUUUAGCCUAUGACUGCUCUAGAGUGCAUCUCACUAUAAAUGAUGAGGGCGAUUCUGAUUAUAUCAAUGCCAACUACAUGCCUGGUUUUGGCAGUACCAACAGGGAGUACAUCGCUGCUCAAGGUCCCCUCCCCAAUACUGUCAAUGACUUCUGGAGAAUGAUCUGGGAGAAAAGAUCACGGGUUAUCGUCAUGGUAACCAACUGCAUUGAGAGCGGAAGGACCAAGUGUGAGCAGUACUGGCCCCUGGACUACACAUCAUGUCUCUAUGGAAAUCUGCUUGUCACAGUCAUAUCUGAAGACAAAGCUCAAAGUUGGACUUUGCGAGAAUUUACUGUCAAAAAUAAACAGACCUCUGAGAUGCGAACAGUAAGACACUUUAACUUCACGGCGUGGCCGGAUCACGGUGUUCCGUUAAGCACAGAGGAGCUGAUCCGAUUCAGAGGACUCGUCCGCCAACGCAUUGAGAGCUCUUCCUCUGCAGGACCAACUGUUGUACACUGCAGUGCUGGAGUGGGCCGUACUGGAACACUGAUCGCGCUGGACGUCCUACUACAGCAGCUGCAGACAGAGAAGGCAGUGGGCAUCGCUGCGUUCGUCCAUAGCAUGAGACUCAACAGACCGCUCAUGGUGCAAACUGAGUCUCAGUAUGUGUUCCUGCACCAGUGCAUCAUGGACACCCUGCAGCCCAAGACAGAGUCUCUCUACGAAAACUCAGACAUGAUCUACACCAACGCAAUGGCUUUGAAAGAAUAUGAAAAGGGAAAUCGAAACUACAAUGAAAACAUAUGCUAGAUCAUCACAAUGAAAUGUCAUAUUAUUUAUGUAUGGUUAUCAAAAACCUUUUCAUAAUGUAAAAGAUGACAUUUUUGUCAGUAUAAUGCAGUCACAUUCAAUGCCAUUUAUAGUCAACCUUUUAAAGACCCGUUGAAAUGGCAAAAGCACAGUUUUCUGUCCUGUUUUGAUGUCUUUCCUGUUUAAUCAGGAAGUGAGGCGGGACAUAUUUGGAAGCCAUUCCUUAAUAGUAAAACAUGAUUUGCUACUUGCUAGUCAGUUCCAGGUGGUAUCAUGGAGUCAGAAAUUGGCUGGUUAGCAUGUUCCUGUUAGGUACCCUGCUGGUUGUUGCUGGAAUUACACCCUAUAAUGGCAAAACACAUGUUCUCCAUUGACAGCCAUCAUGUUCUCUGAUGAAAUAUUUUUUCCCCAAGAAACAGUCAAUGACUGUUAUUUUAUUACAUUAUAGUACAUCUUUUACCAGUUUCUGUUUUUGAAGGGCUCUUAAAAGUAUGAAAUGGACACUGAGAUGAAUGGGAAUGCUAAUGGAUAGCUUUCUCCACAUAUUUUAGAAGCUCCUUGAUUGGAAUUAGGGCAAAGGGACAAUCUCAUUCUAGACAGUAUUUGAUUGGACAAAAUCUUUGUAGUGCAAGAUGAGUUGUCAAUAUUUUGUAUCUGUAAAUCAUAAAUGUGUAUAUUUAUGAAUCUUUUAUUUAAACACUCCACAGCUAUUAGAUUGUGAGUUUGAUUUACAUGACUGAAUAAUAUUGGCCAUGAUAUUUUUUUAGCCUAAGCUAUAAGCACUAAGAAUUUAUAUUUAAACUAAAUAAAACUACCAGUCUUUAUUUAUCUAAAUUUCUGUGUAUAUUGUCUUGUUGUCUGAAAUGUAAUGUUUGCUUUAUGUGAGACUAAGGUAAAAAUAGCAUAGUUUAAAUGCCACUUAUUUUGCACAGUGCUUGAAACAAUGAGAAAUUGCUUAGGGUGGAGUUUAAUAUGAAAAAGAAAAUGUCAGUCUAUUUAAUAUCAGAUGAAUCCUUUGUUUUAGAUUAAAAUAGACUUGGCCAUCAAUUAAAGUAUUUGUUCCAUAUUAUUUUCAUUUGCAAGUGUUAUGCAUUUUCAGCUGCCUUUGACUUAAAGGGAUAGUUCACCCAAAAAUGAAAAUCCUCUCAUCGUUUACUCCCCCUCAUGCCAUGCUUGAUGUGUAUGACUUUCUUUCUUCUGCAGAACACAAAUUAUGAUUUUUAGAAUAACAUUUCAGCUCUUUAGGUCCAUACAAUGCAAGUGAAUGGGUGCCAAAUUUUGACACUUCAAACAGCACAUAAAGGCAGCAUAAAAAUAAUCCAAACGACUCCAGUGUUUUAAUCCAUGUCUUCAGAAGUGAUAUGAUAGAUGUGGGUGAGAAACAGAUCAAUAUUUAAUUUUUUUUUUUUGCAAGAAAUUCUUCUCCCUGCCCAGUUGGGGGCGAUAUGCAUGAAGAAUGUGAAUCACCAAAAACAGGAGAAGAAUGGGAAAGUUAAAGUGGAGACCGACUGAGCAGGGAGGAGAAUUUACAGUAAAAAAUGACUUAAAUAUUGAUGUGUUUCUCACCCACACCUAUCAUAUCGCUUCUGGAGACUUUGAUUCAACCACUGGAGUCAUAUGGAUUACUUUUAUGCUGACUUGUGUGAUUUUUGGAGCUUCAAAAUUUUGGCACCCAUUCACCUGCAAUUGAAAUUCUUCUAAAAAUCUUAAUUUGUGUUCUGCUGAAGACAGUCAGUGAUGAGAGAAUUUUCAUUUUUGGGUAAACCAUCCCUUUAAUGUGAUUUAACCAAGUAGGACAUCCUUGUUGGUUCCGAAACAACACUACAAUUCAUAGGGGCAGUUCUAUGGUCAAUGAAUAUUCGGGGCUUAGCCCAGACCCCUGUGGAUAUGUAUGGGGCCAUGCUUUGAUGAAAUUUUGGAAUACAGAACACUUUUUAAUAAAAAUUUAAAUGUUUAAUCUGUGAGGUGUCAUAUUUAUAACAAAUCUUUAAAUAUUACUGAAACUAUAACUAAAAGGUCCCACUAACUUCAGUCUAAGCCUCAGGUAUGCUCAAAGAUCAGAAGUUAUUUGCCUUUAACACACACACAAACACAUGUUGGUGCAGCUAACCUUAUGAGGACUCUUCAUAAACAAUUUUAUACUGUACAAACUAUAGAUU